AACUUCUCUCUGCAACUUCAAGACCUGAAAAAUGUCCAAGCAGCAGCGCUCCGUGGGUCAGGGUAGCAAAUACCGCCUGACUCUCGGUCUUCCUGUUGGUGCAAUCCUGAAUUGCGCAGAUAACAGCGGAGCAAAGACACUUUAUAUCAUUGAGCCUUACGGUUUCGGUGCUCGCUUGAACCGGCUGCCAGAUGCUGGAGUUGGUGACAUGGUCGUUGCCUCGGUGAAGAAGGGCAAGCCUGAAUUGCGAAAGAAGACUAUGCCUGUUAUUAUCGUUCGUCAAAGAAAGGCGUGGAGACGGAAAGAUGGAGUGUUUUUGUACUUCGAGGACAAUGCCGGUGUUAUCGUGAAUCCCAAGGGUGAAAUGAAAGGUUCUGCCAUUACAGGGCCAGUCGCGAAAGAAUGUGCUGAUUUAUGGCCACGUAUCGCUGCUAAUGCGGGGACUGUCGUUUGAGGAUCCACCCUUCCUUCCGUGUCCCUUUUUU